AUGACCGAACAACAAUACCAUACUAUAACAAGUCUCGAUUAUGAAAACAUCUCCGAGCUAGAUGCGCCGAACUAUCUGAACAAUGACUUCAAGAAUUCAAUGGAGAUUCUCAUUGCCAAACAUAUCGGAACCAUUUCGAAGAACUACCAAACCGAACUUGAUCGACUAUCAUCGUAUACCUAUUAUCCACCAAUGGAUGCGAAACAGAUUCGCGAUCUGACAAUUGCUAAUAUCACUACCGAGGAGAUCAAACGUCAUCUAGCUGAAAAGAUUUACAAAGAAUUAGAGAUUAUGUUUGAAACAACAGUUAUGAAAUGGAAUUCAAUUGUUCAAGCAACAACGAAGAGAUAUGUAACGACUUCAGUUGAACAAUCAAUUGAUAUCUUCCGAAAGCAGCUAUCAAAAACCAUUCAGAAUGAUGAAAAUCAAGCAAAUAACAUUAUCCUUCAACGUUUUAUAUUAGUGAAUAAUCAACUGAAACUAGUUUAG